AUGACGGUUCCCGGUAAAGGGGACACAUUGGGCCCAGAAACUCGCCCUUUAUCGACAUCACAAGGCGUUGAUGCAACGCAGCGGCUCGCUGGCGCUGGUUCUGCGUGGCGGCUCAAAGGCGCUGAUGCGGCGCAGCAGUUCGUUGAUGCUGAUGCGGCGCAGUGGCUCACUGGUCUUGGCGUGAUGCUGUCGCUUGCUGGCACUGGUGUGGCGCAGCAGCUCGCUGGGACGGGUGCAGCGCAGCGGCUUGCUGGCACGGAUCUUACACACGAGGACGUGCGAGUGGUCAGAUAUGGUCCUAUUAGAGAAUCAGUGGCGCCAUCUGACAACACCAUUUCUCGCCCAAUAAACAACAUCCGAACGCAAGCGUGA